AUAGCCAAAGAAGAAAAAAGUUCACUUUUUAGCACAAGAGAAAAUUUUGGUUGUGUUGUUUUGUCGUCGCGGUCUUGUAUUUUGUGAACGUCCUGUGAACUGAUUCGUACGUAGCGUGUCCGGUCCCGUUAGUGGUGUUACCUGUGUGUAAAAAAUCGAAGGCAACAACAGCAAGUGGAAAAUGCCGCGAGCCUCGCGAUCUUCAGCUGUGAAGCGGAAAGCGCCGCAGCCAGAGCCAGACGAAGCGUCUACUCCGGAGGAGGAAAUUGCCUCCAAGCCCUCAGCCGCUGUUGAACCGCCUGCGAAGCGGCGAAAGACGCCAGCCAAAUCGACGCCGCAAAAGAAACCAGACAGUUCGUCAGGUCGCGCCAGUGCCACUAAGCCGAAAGGUCCGCAAUCACUGCCGCUGGCAUCGCCGCAAGAGUCCUCUCCACCGUCCUCAAAGGCGGCACAGCAGAAGCCCGGAUCUAAAGCGUCCACACCGUCCAAGCCACCAACGCCUCUGAAGGCGCCAGCCGCUUCCAAGUCACCUGCUCCUUCUAAAUCAGCAGCUCCAUCGAAAAGACCAGGUUCGGCUAAGACGCCGUCAAAGGCAGCGGCUAAAUCACCGCCUAGUGCCAAGGAAACGUCCGGAAAGACACCAGCGAAAACACCUAAGAAACAACCGGCGUCUAAGAUGAGGAGUAGAGACAUCCGAAAACCCACGUUUUCAUCUUCAUCAUCGUCGUCCUCACCUCAACCAUCUUCCCCUUCGGAAGUAAGUUCUUCAUUCUCGGACGAGUCGGAAUCGAGCGCUUCCAAAUCCACGCCGUCGGCCAAGUCGCGCAAGCCAGCAGCCAAGCGAACGAAAGCUCCAGCAGCUGCGGCAGCCGCCAAAUCGCCUCCUCCAUCGUCCCAGUCGUCGGCGGCGGCGGGAGGGCGCAAGGCACCACCUGCAGCCAAGGCAAAGUCUCCAGCGGCGGCUGCAUCGGCCAAGUCCCCCAGUCCAGCCAAACCGCAUGCUACUACCUCCACCACCGCCGCUGCCGCCGCCGCCGGCAACAGCAGCAAUGGAGGAAACGGUGUGUCUGCACAUUCGCAGCUGACGUCGACAAACACAAAGGUGCUGUCCAAGGUGACUGGCAGUGCGCUCUCCUCGCCGCUGAAGAGUAUGGACGUGUCAGGCAAGAGUCACGGUGGCACCGCCGCUGCUGCUCUGCCCAAAGUGCCGCUGGCAUCGUCGACGUUCCCCACAGCCAGCUCGUCCGCAAAGUCUGCAGCCCCGCAGCGUCCGGGAACGUCUUCUCGACCCCCGCCGGAAGGUGUGGGCCUGGUGCGGGCGCCGAUUGCCGAAAUCGAGGCGCCGAACGCGGAGCAGGUCAAGUUUCCGUGCGGCAUGUGCAAGAAGGAGGUCAAGGACGACGACGAGGCGACGCUGUGCGAGAUCGGCUGCGAGCGCUGGUACCACCGGCAGUGCACCGGCAUGUCUGUUCUCGCCUACAACCUGCUGACGGCGGAGGUGGACGCGGAGUGGGUGUGCGACACGUGCAUCGAGACCAAGCGCAUUCCAUGGAGUCGUCCGCGCGACUCGUGAUGCCGCUGAUUUUCUGGCCGACACCGUGAACCCAUCCCGUUGAAGUUAACUACCCUACCGUGACCUCUUGAUGAUCAGAUUAUACCUCUGUAGAUGUCUCCUCACUGGAUUUUCUGUCCUGCUCCCAGCCCUGUGCCAUCUCCACACUUUAAUAGUGAACGAAUGAAAUCACACCUGGAAGACGAUUUAUUACGAGACGACUACGGAAACACAACUAGACGUGACGAACUCGAGACGGAGACUGCUUUUAAGCAGUCCCCGUCCCUGUGAACCACCCUGCACCUGUUGACGACGACCAGAUACCAUUGUGUACUGAGCAGGUCCCGUUCGUAUGAUCCACCCUAGAUCUGUUGAUGAUCCGAUACCUAGAAGCAGUUCCCAUCGCUAUGAAUCACCAUACACCCGUUGACCUCUGUGGAAGCAGUUACCAUCGCAAUGAACCACCCUACGCCUGUUGAUGAUGAGAUAAGUACAAGCAUACCGAUACCACUGUAGAAGCAGUUCGCCAGAAUAAUCCAUCUCUGGCGGAGGUAGUGUAUUGCGCCGAUUCCAUUGCGACUAUAUUAGCCGUGUCCUCCAUGUUGUGCCAGUUGAGAGCGUGCCGAACCACCGGUGAGCGUAUCAUUCUCCGGGCUAGUGCUGUGUCCGUUCUCGGCGCGGUGCAGGCCUUGUUUCCGCGCCUCUCCACGGCAGGACCAUGCACGUGUGCAUGUGGCAGUGCAGCGGCAAUGGCACCGCCACGGACCAACCUACCUGACAGAUCAAAUCAUACACGUUGAGUUGAACGACUGUUGUGUUUAUUGUACAGUUCCGAACGAUCGUCUCCAUGAAUGCUCCAGUCUGAGCACAAUACAGUGAGAAUAUGCAUACACAGAUGUGCUUUCCAACCCAACUGACAGUCUAAAUAUCUUUCUUUUUCUUCACUCCACACAAGCUCCGUCAUAUCGAAAAUAUCCUCUCUGCACGUCCGUUUUGAUGCCACUCGUACUGUCUUGCUAGCUGAAUGCCUCUCUGUUGUGAAGUAUCUCACUCAGUUUCACAUAGUCCAAAAUGAUAUUUUGUUCCAUACUCUCAGCUACUGGCAGCCCUGACCUUGACUCUCUCUAUCUCUCACUUGAAUACAGCUAUACGUUUUCUCUACACACACUUUCUCUCUCCCUCUCAUGAUCUCAACACAUGCUGUGUAUUGUUGUGCUAAACUCAUUUUUGUCUCUCUCCUCUCUCUCACGCAAAUGUGUAAACAUUACUCUCUUUUCUGUUGAUACUGGCAACCAGUACUUUCUAGAGCCGCUCUUUCGCUUGCCUGCCUCCACAGAUACCUCCCCAGUUGACUCCCUGCUGAGACUGUGUGUCCGUUUUGUUUCUCUCCAAGCUAGCUGAUCAGUGCUUAGUGGUCCUCUGGAACAAUGUCAGAUCAAUAUGAAUUAUUUUUUAUCGUUUUCGUUGCGUGUUCCUGUGAUUUUUUUGUCUACUGUGGUCAGAUGUUCUCUUCUGUUAUGCUCACAACGAGCAUGUGUACAGUUA